AUGGCCGAUGCAAAGAAGAGCGAAGGCGAGGUCAUGUCCUCUGCAGUUGGCCUUCCAUCCACCACAGAACCAUCACGUGUCGAAACAGACGCGCAAAGCGAUGCAUCCAAAGAAGUAAGCACUGCACAGGACAUGGCGCCUUCAAAAGCCACCAGCAAGGCCUCCUCGACCAGGAAUUCGACUCCCGCUGCUGCAUCUGUGGACACUCACCAAUCUGCGCAAGUCUCCAAUGACGCGUCUUCUACCAUGGAAGGUGAACAGCAAUCGCGAGAGGGAGGCCAGGAGGCCUCCAUUCUCGCGCAGCCCUCUCCCAAGGAAGCAGACCGAACUGGCGAAAUGGCAUCUUCUUACGGUACACGGUCGCGAAAUCGUCCCGGCAGAUCGCGGCCUAAUUAUGCUGAGGACACGGAGAUGGACUUCGAAAUGGGGGCUGCAUCCGCAAAUGGUAACUUGUCUGACCCACCGUCGCGUAACUCAGUGGCCCCAGACAACGUUCAUUCUUCAGGUGUUAGUGGAAAGAAAGGUCCCAGUCCUGUGCAGGGGAACACGUCGUGGGGUAAUUCCGGACCCAAACCAAAAGACACCCCAACCAACAACCCCAAUAUCCCUGGCACAUCAGCAUCUCCAGCGACCACUCCCGCCACCACCACCACCACCACCACCGCCGUCCCACCUGUGACCAAGCGUAGGAAAAAUGCCGCGGCCACUACUACCAACGGCAAUCAGGCGAGUGCGUCUGCGCCAAGCCAGCCAGGAGCGAAACGCGGCAACCAUGCCAUGGCUGUGGCUACUACGACCGCGCGCGAGAGCAACAUGAUGACUUUCGAAAACACCGGCGCAUUUCUCAAGGACGGCCACUUGGAAGCGGACGAUGGCCAGACUGUGAACAUUAAUGAUCAAGUGUACCUCGUGUGCGAGCCGCCCGGCGAGCCUUACUACCUUUGCCGGGUCAUGGAGUUUAUCCACGUCGACAAUGAUCCCAAGAAGCGCAUAGAGUCUAUGCGAGUGAAUUGGUUUUACCGACCACGCGAUGUCCAGCGCUACAACAAUGACACCCGUCUAGUGUACGCUACGAUGCAUUCAGAUCUGUGUCCCAUCACCUCGCUGCGUGGCAAAUGCCAGAUUCUCCAUCGAAGCGAAAUCGGCGAUCUGGACGAGUAUCGCAAGACCAAGGACAGCUUCUGGUUCAACCAAGUAUUUGAUCGCUUCAUUCACCGAUGGUACGAUGUCAUUCCGACAUCGCAAGUCAUCAAUGUACCCGACAAGGUGAAGAAGGCAUUGGACGAACGUUGGAAAUACAUCUGUCUUGAAACAAGCCGAGUGAAAGAGUUGACGAGCGCAGUCAAGAGUUGCAAGCGUUGUGUUGGAUAUUGUGCCUCUAAUGAUUCGGUCGAAUGUGCCGUGUGCCACAACACGUACCACAUGAACUGCGUACGACCACCGCUACAGAAGAAGCCAUCCCGCGGGUUUGCUUGGGCAUGUGGCCCAUGCAGCAGAGCUCAAGAGAAGAGGCUCGAGGCUCGAUUGGGCACCACCAACGAGGAGGCGGAUGAAGAAGAAAUCGUUGACGAAGAAGAGGAAGAGGGGAGUGGCGAUACGAACGAGACUACUCCUGAUCCAGAAAGUCAGGUCGACUCACAUCCGGGCACCCAAGCUGAGAUAGCUUUAGCCAAAAUGUGGCCGAUGCGAUACCUUGGAAUCCAUUGCCGCGUGGAAGAUGCUUUACAGUACGACGAUCGAGCCAUUUACCCCCGCGCAAGCUCACGGCUGGGUCCUCGACAUCAAGCUAAUGUGAAUGUCUGGCACGGACACCCCGUGGAACUGGUGAAGCCGGCCGAGAUAAAAAAACGCUAUGUCAAAGCCGCAGGAAACAAGAAAGAAGGCAAACUCUCCAAAGAGACGGUCGCAGCAAUCGAGGCCGACAAGGCGGAAAAGGCUAAGCGCCCUAAGUGGGUGAUGGAUGAGCCGCCGGGCUAUGUUCGCCGUGGAGAAGACUUGCCUAACAAGGAUUCCAAAUGCACCGCGGAGCUCAUGUUCAAGAUGCCACCUUUGGGCGUGCACUCCACACGUGGCGAAGACAACGCGCCAACCGUCACAGAAGACCAAGUCAAGGCCUACAUGGACCGUGCCAAGGCUCUGGCCAAGCAAUAUGUUGGUGUCGAGCCAUGGAACACAAACUUUUUGGACAAGUGCUUAGCGCUCUUCACCAAGCACCAAUACGAUGCUGACGUUGCCCUGAAACAUGUGAAGAAGCUUGAUAAGCGAAAAGAUCUGAAAGAACCCGAGUUGACGAAGGAGGAAGAAAAGAGAUGGAACGAGGGUGUCGCAAAGUACGGUUCAGAAAUUAGGAGUGUUCGCCUCCAUACUAGCAAAACGAUGUUUUAUGGGGAUGCCGUGCGAUACUACUACCAGUGGAAGAAGACACCCAAGGGACGCGAAAUUUGGGGCUCGUAUAGCAACCGCAAGGGGCGGAGCAAGAAAGUCGAGCCAGAUGCACAAGCACGUUUGCUUGACGAUGUCGCAGACGCUCAAGAUGAUUCGGCGUUUGACAACGAGAAAGCAAUGCAACGAAAACGACACUUCCAAUGCAAGUUUUGCAACACUCGGCAUUCACGGCAAUGGCGACGUGCCCCUGGCGCAGCUCCUGGCCAAAUGGUACCUGCUGAUGGACGGUCCAAGGACAAGACCGGAUAUGUUGUGGCUCUCUGUCUUAGAUGUGCGGGUCUCUGGCGCAAGUAUGCUGUGAAGUGGGAAAACGUUGACGAGAUUGUCAAGAAGGUUUCACAGGGUGGUGGAAAAGCUUGGAAGAGAAGGAUAGAUGAGGAGCUUUUGCGCGAAGUCUAUGCCGCGCAAUCUGAUCCCGGAUCUAUCAAUGGUACGCCCGAAUACGCGGAUCCUCCAAACGCCGCGCCUCAGCCUGUUGCAGAACCCCCAAAGAAGAAGCAAAAGACGACUGCGACUGUAAACGGAGAUGGCGGCGCAUCUACGCCGACUACUGAGCAUGUUACGAAGAAGAAGGAGAAGGAGAAGGAGAAGGAGAAGCCUCUGCCGCCACCGAAAGCUCCCACACCUCCACCAGUGCCCGCGCCGCCAAGACCAAGAGCCUUACCAUGUGCUGUGUGCCGAUCGACAGAAGGUACCCGCCUGGAGUGUGCGGCCUGCAGGUUGACUGUCCAUAAAGCAUGCUAUGGCAUUGAGGAAAAUCGACAAGCGCCUAAGUGGUAUUGUGAUACUUGUAAAAAUGACAAGAAGGAAAGUGUGUCAUAUACAUAUGAAUGUGUCUUGUGUCCAAAGCGUGACACUGAACAGGACUUUUUUGAGCAGCCCAAGGUCACACACAAGAAGAAAACCGAACGCGACCGGGAAAAGGAGCGAAUGGAAAAAGAGCUUGUCGAUCGAGCCAAGGAACAAUACCGGCUCAAACAAGAAGAAAAAGGUCGGCCGAUCAUGCCUCGCGAGCCACUCAAGCGCACCGCAGACAACAAUUGGGUGCAUGUCUAUUGUGCGAUAUGGCACCCAGAGAUCCGCUUCAGUAAGGCUGCCCGUCUCGAUACGGUGGAGGGUAUCGGAGCGCCAAGCCUUCGGUAUGAUGCGGUUUGCAAGUUGUGCAAGACAACCAAAGGCGCAUGCACGUCCUGCCUACAGUGUCAUGCCACAUUUCACGUUGGCUGUGCCCAUAGUAGUGGCUACGUCUUCGGGUUUGAUAUGACCCCAGUGAAAGCUUCGCGAAGAGAUGCUGUUCCUACAGUUACUAUGAACGGAGACAAUGGAACGUUGAUUGCUGCCAUCUGGUGCAAAGACCAUGCCCCGAAAACCAUUGUUCAUCCAAUGAACGAGGCGAUUGAAGGGACAGAUCUGAUUGCAUUACAAUUGUUUGCACGCGAGUUCAAACAGGCAGAUCUCACACUCACAGGUACCGCACGAAAAGCGACAUUAGUCGAUCAAUCGACGCGAGUAGGGUCUCAGGCUGGCCCGCCACAGGCAAAUCGGCGAGCAUCCGCUGUCACUGCUCCUACACCGACCUCCACCCGGGGCCGACAAUCUAAUGUCGGAUUGCAUGUCAAGGAAGAAUCGAGUGAGCCACCGGCUCCUAGAGAGGAACGGCAAUGCGUUCAGUGCAAGGUGGAUGCGAGCGCCAAGUGGUACCCGGAAACUGCAGGAUCGACACAUCAGCCUGUUCGUAUCGUGGAUGGUCCAUUGGGUUCUAAUGGAGCCGAGACAAACGGCCACGGCGAAGAGAAGCCAACAAUCGAGAAUGGACAGAUCCUCAACGGCGCAGCAGACCACCCAAUGACCGAUGCGCCACCUAUUACUUCGCCUACGCCACAAGGGCAACUUCGAGUGAAUACGGAUGUGGCCACCUCCCGACCUACGUCCUAUCUGUGCUUGAAGUGCUACUGGAAACGAGAAAGGGGGAUAAAGGACGAAGAGGAACGGCCCAGAUCAGUGUCCAUUCUUCCCGAGCCGCAACUUCUCCCUCUUCGGUCUCCGAUAGUACCAGCCUAUGUAGCGCCCACACCGCCAGGCGCAAUGACGGGAUCCUGGACGAUUCCAGGUGGACAUCCAUCUCUGCCCCUCAAUCAGCCUCCUCCAUUACCAUCGUGGCACAGUUCUGCCCCUCCUGGCCCCCCUGGACAUCUUCCCCCGCAUCACAUGCAUAAUGGCAACGGAUACCCCCCACCGCAGGCAUUACAAGGUCCACCUGUGGGCCAUGCGGCACCCUUCCACACGCCUUACUCUCAGCCAAACGGGUACGCGCCUUACCCAGGCCCUCCGAUGCAUGCACAAUUGCCUCCAGCGCCUCUCCGUGCUAGUUACCCGGGGCCAGCCGUCAGUGGCCCUCCUCCGCCUUUGCACUUGAGUAACGGAGCGAUUAUGGUCAAUGGUAUGCAAUCGCCGCGUUCGAUACCCUAUUCGCCAACUCACCCACAUGCACACCAUGUUGGGCGAUCUACGGAAAGCCCGUUUACUGCUCCGUUGCCAGCGGUGGCGCAGUUCCCGCCGCCGCUUCACCACGGAAAUCCAGCACCAGGCCGACCGUCUACGCCUCGCGAUGCAGUGAUGCGCGAUGCGCCCACGUCGGCGCCAGUCGAGCGAGCGACGACGGGUGCGAGCGCCAGUCCAUCGCUGCGAAACUUGCUGCACUGA